GUAUUUCAGUCAAUUUCAGUGCUAGUAGAGGGUAGAAUCCAAUAUGGUGUCUGUCGUUCAGCGGUUUACGUUGAACGUCUGUACAUAUUUUGGAAUAAAGUCAUUUUAAACAAGUUGAAGACUUUUCAGUAAUUAUGGAAAUUAGAUUAAAAGUUAUUUGUUGUUCAUAAAAAGUGCUGUACGAGUUGAGCACUUAAUUAAGGGGCUCACGACAAAAAACAAAAUUUAGCCUCUGUGACGGAGGUUUUUCCUCUGUCCUGAAUUUUUGUGUACUCUUUGGUACUGUUGAUAUAAUUUUAAUUGUUUUUUGAAAAAUUACGGGAGGAAAAAUGGAUGACAUUGAGGGCACCACAAUUAUGGAUUCCAUGGAAGUACCUGUGACAGAGGCAACAAAAGGAAAACUAAAACUUGGAAAAAGUAGUGUGAUGACUGACGUUGGCACCUUAAAUAUUAAGUCUCGACUUAAUUUGGAAAAUGACAAGGUCGAAGAAAAACCACAAACCAAUGGCUUGCACCAGAUGAACGGCGUUUGUGAAUCACUCCAAAGUAAUUCUGAAUCCACUGCUUCUGAGGUUCAACCUCAAAAUGUGGAAACUAGUCAUGUAAAUUUAAAUCAACCUGAGAAAAGUGAAGAAACAUCUACAGAAAAUAACGAUAGUGACAUUCAAUAUGUGAGCUAUACUAGUGAAUUGCAAAUGCCCGAUAUUAUGAAAUUAAUUCAAAAGGAUCUGAGUGAACCUUAUUCUAUUUAUACCUAUAGAUAUUUCAUUCACAAUUGGCCAAAAUUAUGCUUCUUGGCGAUGCACGGAAAUGAAUGCGUAGGUGCCAUCGUUUGCAAGCUGGAUAUUCACAGAAAGGUGAUAAAACGCGGUUACAUUGCAAUGUUGGCGGUAGACGUGAAAUUCAGGAAACGUAAAAUUGGCUCGAAUUUGGUGAGACGUGCAAUUGUGGCAAUGGUGGAAGAUGACGCCGAUGAAGUUGUUUUAGAGACUGAAAUUACCAAUCGCCCAGCAUUACGGUUAUAUGAAAAUCUUGGCUUUGUACGAGACAAACGACUUUUUCGGUAUUAUUUGAAUGGUGUCGAUGCCUUGCGAUUGAAAUUAUGGCUCAGGUGAAAUUCAACUGCGUGUUUAUGCCAAUAGGAACUUAAAUAAUUUGAGGUGACUAUAACAGUGUCCUCUCUCACUGGACUUGAUUUCGAAAAACAGAAACAAAACAAACAAAAAAAAUAAAUAAAAUAAACGCUUAUGCCAAAAAAGUUAUAUCUCCAAUUCUGUUCGAUAUUAUUACAAUAUCGUUUCACAACUCCUGGCUGUGCGUUGAAUGAAAUGGCAGGGACUAGUAAUUUGAUCUCGAAAGGAGAUAAGCUCUUUGGCAAUUCUGUCACCAGCUAAGAAUCACACUACUAAAAGAAGAAACUAAUCGACUGAAUUGUUUGAAAAACUUGGAAAAGAGAAAAGGAAAUUGAGAUUUAACAUUCUCGAGUUUUGCACUUGAUUUCAAGUUUGGAAUUUUAUAUAGGCGAAGAGAGCUCACAAUAUUGUGACUAAUAAAUAGAUUUCAAUCUUUUAUUAGUCAAAAAUGUACAAAUUGUCUGAAAAACAUUUCUUAUUAAUUUUUUUUUUCUUUUUUUUUUUUUUGUUUAAAACAGUUUUUAUGCGAGCUAAAUUCUCGAGUGGUUAAAUGUUUGUUUUAGUCGUAAGAAUUUAAUGAACAUUCGAUAAUGAUGAUGUGAAUCGUGGGUAGGAGGGGGGCUAAUCGUUGAUUUGAUGACGAAUGAGCCAUAUUAAUUGUGAGAGCAAAAAUUUUAUCCAAAAAAAAAAAGAAAAACAAUUUCACGGUAGGUAAAUAAAUUUUCAAAUUCAUUCACAAAGUGAUAUAUAAGAAUUGUCCGAUAUUUAUAAAUAUAUAUAUUUAAUAUAGAAAAUGAUUAAGUAAACUAAUUGUUUGUGGACACUCGAAGCGAAAGCUCGUACGCAUUAUUGUCUACCUAAUUAUACCUACCUUUGUAUAAAAUAAAAUUAAUAAAAAUCGAAACAGAUCAUUAUGUAUCUAUUAACAAAACUGUAAAAAAUGUUGAUAAAAAUGAAUAAAUGUUUUUACACAUAA